GUUCUUUAUAUUCUGCAACGGUAAAGUGAGCAUCUCAUCACUACUAUCUGGAAACAAAACUAUCCUCUUUAGAAUAUAUUCUCGCAUUUGUUAACCUAGAAAGAAAGAGAAAUGGCAGAUGCAGUGGUGAACUUUCUGGUGGAGAACUUGUUUCAGCUAUUAAGUGAAAAUAUUGAGCUGAUUAGAGGUGUUGAUGACGACUUCAAAGAUCUGCUUGAAGAAGUUCAACGCUUAAAAGCCUUCUUAGAAGAUGCUGCGAAAUACCACAGUGAGAGCAGCCAGUGGGAUCAGUUGGUCAAGGAUAUUCAAAAGACGGUACAUAAAGCUGAGGAUGCGAUUGAUAAGUUCCUGGUUCAAGCGAAGCUGCAUAGAGAUAAGAAUAAAUUGGAAAGAAUCUUCGAUAAAGUGGGACAUAGUGCUUCAGUUAGGGCUCUUGCAGCUGAGAUUAAAAGCAUCCAUGAGAAGGUGAGGAAACUUCGCGAAAACAAUCAACAAGCUUUUCAGCCACGCCCGGUGCUUGAGUUGCCUAGAAGAGGUUCCCCCGAGCAGGGUCCUUCUUUGGAAGAUGCUGAAGUAGUGGGGUUUGAUGAGGAAGCAAACAUCGUGAUCAAGCGACUUGUUGAAGGACCGGCGGAAUGUCUCGAUAUUGUUCCAGUAGUGGGUAUGCCCGGACUUGGAAAAACUACACUGGCAAGAAAAAUCUACAAUGAUUCUCGACUUUCAUAUGAAUUUUUCAGCGUCAUUUGGGUUUUCGUGGGGCAAACUUAUAAUAUAAAGGACAUUUUCCUUAAUAUUCUCAAAUUCUUCACGAAACGCAUCGAAGAACAUCAAGGUGAGGAUGUGGACAAAGUAGCCAAUAAGAUAAGUGGUUUUAUGAAUAAAGGAGGUAGAUGCCUCAUUGUUUUAGACGAUGUGUGGGCAGAGGAUGUCAUUGAUGCUGUAAAGAAAGUUUUCCCAGAAAACCAGAAAGGCCACCGUAUCAUGAUGACAACUCGUGAAGGAAAUGUGGCUAAAUAUGCCAAUAAAGAUCCUCACGACCUGAAAUUUUUGACUAAAGGAGAAAGUUUUGAGUUGCUGGUAAAGAGGGUUUUCGGCAAGGAAAGUUGUCCUGAUGAUUUAGAAGGACUUGGAACAAGGAUUGCAGGAAAAUGUAGUGGAGUACCACUUGCUGUAGUGGUGAUUGCCGGAGCAUUAAGAGGUCGCCCCAACAAAAAUGAUUGGCAAAGAGUUGAGAAAAAUGUGGUGGAGCAUCUGAUAAAUAAGGAUGAUCCUAAGAGCUGCUUGAAAUUUGUAGGGAUGAGUUACGAUCGUUUGCCCCAAGAAAUGCAGACAUGUUUCUUGUAUUCUGGUGUCUUCCCUCGAGGCUUCGAUAUUCCUUCUUGGAAAUUGAUUCGUUUGUGGAUAGCGGAGGGGCUAAUAAAGCCCCAGCAGGCAUACACUCUUGAGGAGAUAGCUGAGUUUUAUUUGAACGAUCUUGUCAAUAGAAACUUAGUGAUAUUGAUGAAAAAGAAGUCUGAUGGUCAAAUAAAAACAUGUCGUCUUCAUGACAUGUUGCACGAGUUUUGCAGAAAGGAGGCUGCUAAAAAAUGGAUUUUUCAAGAAAUAUGUACAACAGCUGAUAAUGCUAUUCCUUCUAUAUCAGACUCAGAUGCUUGUCGUCGACUGUGCAUUCAACCCUCUAUUCUGGAUAAGUUUCUCUUCGAAAAUCUUUUUGCAGAACAUGUCAGAUCUUUCUACUGUUUUUCCUCAGAACAAAAACAAAUCGAGUUGUCUCCUAAUGACAUCAAACUCAUCCACAAAGCUUUUCCACUUCUCCGGGUUUUGGAUGUUGAAUCCCUCAAAUUUAUUUUCUCCAAGGAUUUUAACCAAUUAUAUCAUUUGAGGUAUGUUGCCAUCUCAGGUGACUUCAAGGUCCUUCCUCCGACCUUUGGGAAAUUCUGGAAUUUACAAACGCUUGUACUCAAUACAAGUACCUCAGAGUCCGCCAUUGAGGUAAAAGCUGACAUAUGGAACUUGUUACAGUUAAGGCAUCUCCAUACCAACAUACCUGCAAAAUUACCAGCCCCUUCUACCACGAGAGGUAGACCUUCCUGUCUGCAAACUCUUUCUAUGGUUGCACCAGAAAGUUGCAAGAAAGAUGUGCUAGCAAAGGCUUGUCAGCUUAAAAAAUUGAGCAUUCGAGGGCAAAUGGCAGCUUUUCUUGAUACGUACAAGGGUGGAAUCAGCAAUCUUGAAGAGCUAAAGUGCCUGGAACAUCUGAAACUGUUGAAUGAUGUUCUUUACAUGAAUAAACCAGUUCACCUUCCUGCAGCAUUCUUCAGACUUGUACGUACAGUGAAGAAGUUAACUUUGGCAAACACAAGGUUUUCUUGGAGUGAUGCGAACAGAUUGGCACAGUUGGAAUCCCUGGAGGUACUAAAGUUGAAAGAAAAUGCAUUCGUAGGUGAGUCUUGGGAGCCGGAGAUAGGAGGUUUUAGCACGCUCCAGGUCCUGCGGAUUGAAAGGUCAGAAUUAGAAUCUUGGGUGGCAUCGAAUCUUAACUUCCCAAUACUUCGGCACCUUAUUCUUAUCUCCUGUGAUAAGCUCGCGGCUGUUCCACUUGAGCUGGCUGAUAUACCUAACUUUCAAGAGAUGAGACUGGACAACACAAGCAAAUCCGCAGUCAAAUCAGCAAAAGAAAUAGAAAGCAAGAAAUCGAAAAGCAUCAAAUUCAAGCUCACCAUAUUCCCUCCUGAAAAUGAAUUCAAGGCCGCACAGUAAAAUUGAAAGGAGAGAAUUUGGACAUUGAGCUUGAUGGAAGCUGGGGGUCAUGGACAAAUAGCUGGAGUAUUCGAAAUGGUGUCACCGCAUUUCAUGUUUUCGCAGUCCAGUCAUCUGAUAAGAUUGUUCCAAUAAAGAAAACCUGUUUGUUCAAGCAUUGUGAUUUUGAAAUAAGUCUAGGUCUGUUGCAUUUUGAGUUCCCCUUCAUGUGGAAUGUUGAUUUUCUCGGUUGUGAGGCUGUCUGCAUCUUUCCUAUUCUGUUAUGGUUGUAUUUGCUUUCUUUCAUUCUUGCAAAAGUGUUGCUUUUAUCCAUUGUUUUUGUUGAAAGACGCGCUACUCCCAACAAACGUGGUGUUGCAAGUCUUAUUAACUUGGUUAUCUUAGCUUUCAGAUGAGUUCUAGUUAAUUAUUUUUGAAUUGGAAAGUUUCAAGUUCAAAUUAUGAA